AUGAAGGAAGUAUCCGCAUAUGACGAUAACCACAGGAGUCAAAAUGGAAUUUGCCCUACUUGUUUUCUUUAUUUAUUUUCCAUCUCGUCAGCUCCAGAACUAGUACAAGUAUUUUCCUUCUCUCUCUCUCUCUGCGUUGGGGGACUGGCCCUCCCACCGGCCGGUAGCAACCCCCUUCUUCUUUCUCUUCUCCUCCUGUUUUCAGUAACCUGCAGCUACGGUAAUCAAAACCAGCAAUUCAUCAAUUCCUGCGGAGACAUCCACAACAUCUCCUUCCCUUUCCAAUUACAAGGUGACCCAUCCAACACCUGUAACGACGAAAAUUUCACUCUCUCCUGCGAUGAAAACAAUCGCACAGUCCUUCACCUCUUCUCUGGAAAAUACUACGUGAAAUCAAUCGAUUACGCUGCCCAAUCAAUCCGUCUCGUCGACGUAGGAUUUCAAUCCAACGAUAUUUGCUCGUCUUUCCCUCCCUCUUCUUUGAUCCCUAGCGAUCACUUUGAUGCGAGCCCCCGCUGGCCGUGGGAUGUGAGCUCCGUCGUGUUACUGAGUUGUGAAAACCCAGUCCAAUAUCCUAGUAUUUACAUAAACAAGACUGCUUAUUAUAACAAUGAAAACCCAGUCCAAUAUCCUAGAAUUUACAUAAACAAGACUGGUUAUUGUAACAGUACCAGAGACAAUUUGGGAAAUGGGUAUUAUUCGUAUGCUGUGGUGGGAGAUGUUAGCAUAUGGGAUAUCCCGGAUUCGUGCUUUUUGGAGGCGUUUUACCUUUCUUCGUCGCCGUUGGUCAUAGAAAGGGGAUCGAAUUUUUCGUGGUUGGAUCUCAAUGAGGUGUUGGAGUACGGAAUUGAGGCUUCGUGGUUUAACCAAUUCUGCAGCAGCACGUACUGCAGGAAAAGGGCUUCCUGCUUCGGGGAUUCUGUGAAUGUCACUGCCGUUUGCGACAAAUAUAAUUCUUUGAUCUUCGAGCAAUAUUGCGUCCCGGAUUCUUGCCCUGUCGUAUUUUUCUUCAUUGACCGGUGUUUCUUGAGUGAGAUAUUCUGAUUGUUUACUAUUCUCCAUUCUUCAAUUUUUUUGUCUAGUACUGUACUUUUUUCGGUACCAAUAUUGUUGAAAAAGGUUCAUAGACAACGACAUUUUAGACCCAAAAAAAUACAGUUUUUUGGUAUUUGUUGGUGUUUAGUGAUCUUUUUUUUCAUUUUUUUUUUCAUUUGGUCAUAAUUAAUGUUUUACAUUUUAGACGCCUCUUGUCAAAAUGGAUGAUUAAUACAAAAAAUAUAACGGAAAUCAAACAAAAAUUUAAAAUAAAUAAAAAAAAACUAACAAAACACAUGCACGAAAAAAAAAAGAAAAAAAGAAAAAAAGAAAGAAAGUUAGAGAGCAUGGUUAGUUUUCUUACCUGAUCAUUAAAAAGGUUUACCAUGAAGAAAAAUUUUCAAUGAGGAGAUAAUAUAGGACGAUACAGCCGUGCAACUUUAACGUCGACUAAUUUACAAUACUGUUCUCAAUAUUACUGUUGUUCCUGUAAGUAUAUUACUCCAGUGUAAGGAUGGCCUCUAAAUCAGACAAUUAAAAAAAAAAGAUGGCCUAUAACAUGUUAAGCUUAUUUGUAAUUCCAACUAGUUAUUGUAAACAUUGAAGUUGCGUGAUCUCAUUUUUCCACCGUAUUUUAAUAUGUAAUGGUACAGUAAUUAAUGAUUUUCUUUGACUAACAUAAAUUUUUUUCAUCCCAAAAAUGCAGGGCGCUUAUGGUUGAAAAUUACAUGUAAGUAUUUCUUCUCUGUUUGAUUGUGAUUUUUAUGAAACUGUAAGUAUUCAUUUUCCAUUGAAUAUUAAUAGUGAUUCUUGAUCGAGUUCAUAUGAUCUUGCGAGUUCUGCUCCCUGAUUUUCGCAUACACCCCUUCUGGAAUGUCUCAUCUUCUAUUGCAUGAUGCUUACUACUGGAAGCUAUGUUGUUGAAAAAUCUUACUAAUAUAUAUGUUGAGAAAGAAAGCUUCUUAGGUUGGUCUCAUUGCCGUACCAAUGGUUCCAACAUUAGAUAUUCCAAUUGCGUUUCUUAUUGCCUCCCACAAUGCGUACACUUACCCGAUAAAGUAUUUGGCAAGACUUGUUCAAAGUUUCUUCUAGUUUUGAAACAUCACCUCUUCUUUUCAUACCUCCUCGUUUCAUUGCUAAAUUUCUAUCUUUAUUUUUCGCAGAUUAUAAAUUUCUUCGGCACUUAAACGUUGGUAAGAUCUUAUCUUUCCUAUGAUCUUAUCUUUAGUGAACCAUAGUAAAACAAAAUGUUGUAUGGAAGCCGAAUAAACAAACGGUGAUUAUGAAUAUUGAAUCAAAGAACAAAACAGAUGUUUGAAGCAAACCAAACUAAUCAAACCAAACGUGAGAGAAAGAGAGAAAACAAAUAGGAGAGAGACACACAGAUUUACGUGGUUCGGCCUUACCUUAGGAUGUAAGCCUUGUUCAUGGGUAAUCGAUCGAUGGCUUCACUAAACAAAUAUGAAUGCUCAAUGAGCUACAAAAAAGAAGUUCUGCAGAAACCCUUCUAUCCAAAUCUCACCAAAGCCAAAAACAAAGGAAAAGUCUCUCAAACCCUAACCCAAUGCCUAAUUAAUAUUUACUCUCACCACAUAAUAAGAGGCAUAACAAGUGUAUUUGUACCCAAAGACAAAUUGCCUCACAAGUCCUAACCAUAUUGGGCUUUGCCUCCCACAAUGCGUACACUUACCCGAUAAAGUAUUUGGCAAGACUUGUUGAAAUUAGUUUCUUCUAGUUUUGAAGCACUUUACAUCACCUCUUCUUUUCGUACCUCCUCGUCUCAUGGCUAAAUUUCUGUCUUUAUUUUUCGCAGCUUAUCAAGUUCGUGAGCAGCUCAUAUACAAUAUUGGUAAGACCUUAUCUUUCCUACGUAGUGAACCACGGUAAAACAAAAUGUUGUAUGGAAGCCGAAUAAACAGAUGGUGAUUAUGAAUAUUGAAUUGAAGAACAAAACAUAUGUGUGAAGCAAACCAAACGUGAGAGAAAGACAGAGAAAACAAACAAAAGGAGAGAGA